AUCCUAACUUUUCUACCAUAGCGCAGGUUUGCAUUAAAACGACGUCGUCAGAAGUUGUAGCUACUAAUCAAAACUUCGUAUUGACAGGAAUCGACGAGCAACAGCAGGUACCUAAAAAUUCAUAAACGCCAGCUUCUCUUUCUUGUUCAGCUGUUGUGGUAGCGUCAAUUUAUGAUUACUUGCAGGUGAGGGAAGAAUGGUGUUAGUGUUAGCUCUCGGGGAUUUACACAUUCCCCAUAGAGCAUCUGAUCUACCUGCAAAGUUUAAGUCAAUGCUUGUUCCUGGCAAGAUCCAACAUAUCAUUUGCACUGGCAAUCUUUCUAUCAAAGAAGUUCAUGACUACUUGAAGACCCUUUGUCCUGAUUUGCAUAUUGCUCGAGGUGAAUAUGAUGAAGAGACGCGAUAUCCAGAAACCAAAACACUUACUAUUGGUCAAUUUAAGUUGGGACUUUGCCAUGGCCAUCAGGUUGUUCCAUGGGGGGACUUGGACUCACUAGCAAUGCUCCAGAGGCAGCUGGAUGUAGACAUACUUGUGACAGGUCAUACCCACCAGUUCACAGCUUACAAACACGAGGGCGGGGUUGUUAUAAAUCCAGGGUCUGCAACUGGUGCCUAUAGUAGCAUUACCUACGAUGUAAAUCCUAGCUUUGUCCUCAUGGACAUCGAUGGCCUACGUGUUGUGGUGUACGUAUAUGAGCUCAUUGAUGGAGAGGUUAAGGUUGACAAGAUUGAUUUCAAGAAGGCAAGUGCCACGACUCACUCUGCACAUUGAAGAUGCAGCUUACCAGCUUUGGGUUUGUAAUCUGUGUGAUCCACUAUGUGUUUAUGUUUUGAGUGGUGGAAGCAGCUUACUGAUCGACUAUAGUAUUAAUUUCUAGAAUUUCUUUUUAUUGUCCCCAUAGAAUUCAUGUUCUUCUUUCCCUGCCUCUGAAUUGUUAAAGCAUUUGUAUUUUUUUAAUUAGAUAAAUGUGAAUUUGAGUGGAAAUUAUGGUUUUGGAGCAA